AUGACGAAGAACGGUUCGGGCCUUAUUCUAGUCGUUCGGGCGAUCUCGUUGAGUCGAGCGUUGACACGUAACGCCACUUUGACGCGCGGUUUCCACUCAACGGCCGGCCGGGAUGAUAAAAGUCCGUCGUUAUUGGGAUUGAUCAGUUGCUGUUCAGAACGUAGCACGCAGUCUAGUGUGCUCCUCUCGAGAAAAACCUUAACCACGCUGGCUUUCCAUCGACUAUCACUCAGGAGGUACUGUUGCAAAAGAGUGAACGAAGAAGAUAAGAUGUCUCAAACGGAGAAAGACCCUGCUUCCCAACAACUGAGCCAAUAUAAAAGGACCGUAACGGAGUGCCCGGUAUUGCAAACCGGGAAUGGAGCACCGAUUCCUAACAAGACAGCCAGCUUGACGGCUGGCCCAAAAGGCCCGGUACUUCUCCAAGAUUUCGUCUAUUUGGACGAGAUAUCUCAUUUCAAUAGAGAAAGAAUUCCAGAGCGUGUGGUGCACGCGAAAGGAGCUGGUGCAUUCGGUUAUUUCGAAGUUACCCACGACAUUUCGAAAUACUGUAAGGCAGAGGUUUUCUCCUCCAUUGGAAAACGAACGGAUGUUGCUGUGAGAUUUUCCACCGUUGGCGGCGAGUCUGGUUCCGCGGAUACAGUCAGGGAUCCCCGUGGUUUUGCGGUCAAAUUCUACACCGAGGAGGGUAUCUGGGAUUUGGUGGGCAAUAACACGCCGAUCUUCUUCAUCAAGGACCCGCUGUUCUUCCCCAGUUUCAUCCACACGCAGAAGAGGAAUCCUGUUACCCAUCUGAAGGACGCCGACAUGUUCUGGGACUUCAUUUCUCUAAGACCAGAGACAACGCACCAGGUCAUGUUCCUGUUUGGGGAUCGAGGUAUUCCCGACGGUCAUCGUCACAUGAACGGUUACGGUUCCCACACGUUCAAGCUCGUGAACGCCGACAACGAAGCAGUCUACUGUAAAUUCCACUAUAAGACUGACCAAGGAAUCAAGAAUAUCCCAGCCGAUAAGGCUGCUGAAUUAAGCUCCUCCGAUCCGGAUUACUCAAUCAGAGAUCUUUACAACGCAAUCGGUAAUGGUAAUUACCCUAGCUGGACGUUCUCCAUUCAAGUGAUGACUAUGACACAGGCAAAAACCUUUAGAUGGAAUCCGUUCGAUUUGACUAAGAUAUGGCCGCACGACGAAUUCCCGCUCAUGCCAGUUGGUAAGCUGGUGUUGAACAAAAAUCCAGAAAAUUACUUCGCUCAAGUGGAGCAGUUGGCCUUCGAUCCGGCUCACAUGAUACCUGGUAUUGAACCAAGCCCUGACAAAAUGCUACAGGGUCGACUAUUCGCUUACGGCGACACUCACAGGCAUCGUCUUGGUCCGAAUCAUCUUCAAUUACCUGUGAACUGUCCUUACAAAUCAAUUUCCGCCGUCAUGAAUUAUCAACGUGAUGGCUUUAUGGCCUUGAACAACCAAAAUGGCGCACCGAAUUACUUCCCCAACAGCUUUAACGGACCUAAAGAGUGUCCAGCUGCUCGUAUCUCAAGCUUCCCCGUUUCCGGUGACGUAGACCGCUACGAUCCUGAAAAUGAAGACAAUUUCGGACAAGCCACCUUGUUCUGGAGACGAGUUCUGAACGCGGAGGAAAAGAGCAGGCUGGUGGACAACAUGGUGGGCAGUCUUCGUAACGCGUCGACGUUCAUCGUCGAAAGAGCUGUAAAGAAUUUCGCGGAAGUUGACGCCGAUCUUGGCAAGAGAUUAACCGAAGGACUUCGUAAGGUUGGCAUCAAGAUUAACCUUUGUGGCAAAACUGCAAGCUUGUGAAAAAAAAAAAAA